AGUAAAGCCAAUGAGUAAAGCAAGAGAAGGAAGAAGACAUUUGAUUUUCUGAUUUCUUCUGAUUUCGAUUUUUUGAUAAAAGUCUUGUUUUCUAUCGACAAAUUAAAACCAAUACAUUAUACAGAUAGAAUCACAUAUUUAAAGUGCUAAGAAAUGGCUGCACAACUCUUCAAUCGUAUUGGUCAGGUCGGCCUUGGCGUAGCUUUAGUUGGUGGUGUAGUCAACUCUGCUUUAUACAAUGUUGACGGAGGCAACAGAGCUGUCAUCUUUGACAGAUUUGCUGGUGUGAAGAACUUAGUUGUUGGGGAAGGCACCCAUUUUUUCAUCCCUUGGGUGCAGAAACCAAUCAUCUUCGAUAUCAGAUCUAGACCUAGAAAUGUUCCAACAGUCACUGGCAGUAAAGAUCUUCAAAAUGUGAACAUCACCCUCCGUAUCCUGUUCAGACCCGUGCCAGACCAGUUGCCAAAAAUAUACACGAUCCUCGGAAUUGACUAUGAUGAAAGGGUGUUGCCAUCUAUCACAUCAGAAGUCUUAAAAGCAGUUGUCGCACAAUUUGAUGCUGGAGAACUUAUCACACAAAGAGAGGUUGUAUCACAAAAAGUCAAUGAACUUUUAACUGAAAGAGCUGGUCAAUUUGGUUUGAUCCUCGACGACAUUUCAAUCACACACUUGACGUUCGGCAAGGAGUUCACGCAGGCCGUCGAGCUAAAGCAAGUGGCGCAGCAAGAUGCGGAGAAGGCCAGGUUCCUCGUAGAGAAGGCUGAACAACAGAAGAAGGCGGCCGUCAUCGCCGCCGAGGGAGACGCGCAGGCGGCAGUACUCCUCGCGAAGUCCUUCGGCAACGCUGGUGAAGGCCUCGUCGAACUCAGACGUAUCGAAGCUGCAGAAGAUAUUGCAUACCAACUAUCCAAGUCCCGCAAUGUCACAUACUUACCGCAAGGACAGAAUGUGCUCUUAAAUCUCCCAACACAAAACUAAGUACUUCCUAGGUUGUAACAUUUGAGACUUCAUGUGGUGGGAGCUGGAUAUUAAUUGCAUUUGUAUUUUAUUUACACACAUGCCUAUUGCGUUUAAUAAAGAUAAAGUGUAGUGUUAAUAAGUUUACGAGGACUCCACCAGAAAGCGUAGAUUGUGAUUAGUUAUAUGUUGAAUGUGGUUCAUUAAAAUAUACUUCAUGUUGGA